AUGGCCUGCGCCGGGCUGGCGGGCUGGUCCUGGCCGCUGCGGGACCCGGGCUGCUACGCGCUGCUGGCGGCCGCCGGGCUCUUGCUGGGGCUCUGCUGGCUGCUGAGCCGCCCGCCCCGGGGGCUCCCGCCCGGCCCCAGCCCCUGGCCGCUGGUGGGCACCUUCGGCUACGCGCUGCUGCCCGGCCCGCUGCGGAAGCGGUGGCUGCUGGGCGGGCGGGCCGGGCAGGGGGGCUCCCGGCCGCUCUCCCCGCACCUGCUCCUGACCGGCCUGGCCAAGGUCUACGGCAGCGUCUUCAGCCUCUUCGUGGGCAGCCGCCCCAUGAUCGUGCUCAGCGACUUCGAGGCGGUGCGGGAGGCGCUGGUCAGCCAGGCCGAGGUGUUCAGCGACCGGCCCAGCGUCCCCAUCGUGGCCAUGCUCACCAAGAAGAAGGGUAUUGUUUUUGCACCAUAUGGCCCGGUAUGGAGACAACAGAGGAAGUUUUCUCACUCAACUCUUCGUCAUUUUGGAUUAGGAAAGCAUAGCCUGGAACCCAAAAUCAUUGAAGAACUGAAGUAUGUGAAAGAAGAAAUGCUAAGAUACGGAAAAGAUCCGUUUAACCCCUUUCCUAUUAUCAGCAACUCUGUGUCCAAUGUUAUCUGUUCUAUGGCCUUUGGCAGGCGCUUUGACUAUGAAGAUGUUGAGUUUAAGACCAUGCUAAGUCUCAUGUCACGUGCGCUAGAGAUAAGUGUAAACAGCCAUGUACUUCUGGUCAACAUUUGUCCUUGGUUGUAUUAUCUUCCCUUUGGCCCUUUCAGAGAACUGAGACAAAUUGAGUUUGAUGUCACAGCUUUUCUAAAGAAAAUAAUUGCACAGCACAGGGACACUCUGGAUAGAGAAAAUCCCAGGGACUUCAUCGAUAUGUAUCUUUUCCAAGUGGAAGAAGAGAGAGAGAGCAACAAUGAGAGCAGCUUUAACGAAGACUACCUGUUUUUUAUCAUUGGUGACCUCUUCGUCGCAGGCACUGACACCACUACCAACACACUGCUCUGGUGUCUGCUCUAUAUGUCUCUCCACCCAGAAGUACAAGAAAAGGUUCAUACAGAAAUUGAAGUGGUCAUUGGGCGUGACAGAGCUCCUUCUCUCACUGACAAGGCUCAUAUGCCCUUCACAGAGGCGACCAUCAUGGAGGUCCAAAGAAUGACUGUGGUUGUUCCUCUUUCUGUUCCUCGAAUGGCCUCAGCAACUACUGUGCUACGGGGAUAUACUAUUCCUAAAGGCAGUGUGAUUGUGCCCAACUUAUGGUCAGUGCACAGAGAUCCAAAUAUGUGGGAGAGACCAGAUGACUUCCAACCAACAAGAUUUCUGGAUGAAAAUGGCCAGCUAAUCAAAAGAGAAAUGUUCAUUCCUUUCGGAAUUGGUAAACGUGUGUGCAUGGGAGAGCAGCUGGCAAAAAUGGAGCUGUUCUUGAUGUUUGUAAAUCUCAUGCAAAAUUUCACCUUUUUGUAUCCUGAGAAUGCUACAAAACCAGCCAUGGAAGGAAGAUUUGGUCUAACUUUAGCUCCAUUUCCAUUCAAUAUAAUUGCUUUGAAGAGAUGAAGAAACUUGAAAAAAGACUAAAUGAAGAGAUACUGCACUUGGCAAAUUCAGUUUUAUAUUUUUAUCGCUCUAAGAUGUUGUCAAAAGGCUAUGAGACAUCAAUUUGUUGAUCUCCUGGUAUGGUUUUAGCAAUGUGAAAUCUGAGCCCUUGUCAGGGACAACAUCGAAGAACCGUUGGACCAGCUCCACAUGUGUACCAACUUAAUUCUAGAAGCAGCAGCAGAGGAAGACAGCAGCAGCAGCAUUUUGAAAAUACUGUAAGGGGAGAGAUUAUCAAGACAUGCACCAGAUAAAGGUGAGAGCAGUUCUGUUUCUCCUGCUGAACCUAAUAGGAGAGCUCUCCCCUCCUGUCUUUCGUACAAAAUACUGUGGGGUCCACCUAGCUGAAGAGAAGCGGAUCUUCUUUUUCUCUUGUGCUCCUGGGAGUCCUAACUAGGGAGCUUUGCUUAUUUUGCUUAAUAUUCUGCAUAUGUGACCAGGAUUUGAGUGUUUGUUUGGUAAAGUCUCCAUCAGGCAGAGCUGGGGUGAGCUCAGUGCAGGCGUUCAGUUCAUAUCUAUGAAUACUGAGCAAUAGAUUUUCUGUUUGGGUGAUGCUUAUUUUCAGCUGUAAUUGGCUAGUCCUGAAUAAUCUUCAGUCAGAUAAAGUUUACUAAGGAACAAAGCACCUCAUCUGUAUCUCAAAACCGGCUUUUGUUGCAGUGAUCUUUUAGCACAAAAUGCCAAAGAUGAAUGCACUUAAUUUCUUCUGAGGAAACAACUUAACCUGGUGAAUUGCUCAAAUAAACUUUGUCACAGUAUGUUGCCAAAUGGUGGGAUUUUAUAGUGUGUCUCUCUCUCAAUAAUAAGUGUUUUUCUUAAAGUCCAGCAUUUAUAUUCUUGUGAUUCAGAUUGUAAUUUAAAAAAAAUAAAAUUGGGAAGAAAAGCCUGAAUGUGUGAUCCAGGUGUAACCCAACAGACUCAAAACACUACAUAGAUUCGAAGGCCAGAAGGGACCAUUGGAUCUAGUCUGACCUCCUUUAUAUCACAAGCCAUUGAACUGCCCCAGAAUAAAAAGCUGCCCAAGCAAGCAUUUGAAAGCAAAUAAAAACACAGUAUACUUGUGACACCCUGACAUCCCAAUAUUCACCACUGUCAUGUAAUUAGGAUGUGUUUUGUACCAAGUAUGUCUUGUGAGAUGUCAUUCUAAAAGUCAAGUAUCAGAGGGGUAGCAGUGUUUGUCUGG